GGAAGUGAAGUGUGGGGUCGUCGUGUCUUUCGCUUUCGAUUACUCACUUAGCUUCUGCAGACUUCUGGAAUGAACUUCGGCAUCGUUCACAAUCACAAACAGUUCUACUCAUACAUACCCAUCAUCACACAAACACAGAAACACAGAAACACGGAAACACAGAGCAUUCUUCGUCUCUUCCUUUCCAAUGGCAGUGCCAAUGGCAACACUUUCUGCUCUUUCCUCCACUGUUCUUCUCAACGCCAACACAAGCACGAACACCGGCAGCAGGACCAUCUGCACUUUUCCACUGCAUUCCAACAUCCACACCCGUCUCUCUUUUUCUUUCUGCUCCAAACGCACUUCCCUCACCUGCACCGGCUCCUCCGUCAAAGACGACCAACAAACUGAAUCCUCCACUACUACCACUGUUUCCGUUGCUCCCGAAAACGACGUGGACCAUGAUUCUGGUUCUCUGUCUGAUUCUGAUUCCGAUUCUGACACCCAACAGGAAAUGGACUGGAAGGCCGACGAGGAGUUUAAGAAGUUCAUGGGCAACCCCUCCAUCGAGGCCGCCAUAAAGCUUGAGAAGAAGAGGGCUGAUAGAAAGCUCAAGCAACUUGACAGGGAAACCACCAACUCUAACCCCCUUUUGGGCCUUUUCAACACCUUGGUUCGUGACAACUUGCUCAGGGAAAAGGAGAGGCUGCAAAAGGCUGAGGAAACUUUCAAGGCUCUUGAUCUUAACCAGUUAAAGAGUUGCUUUGGGUUUGACACCUUCUUUGCAACCGAUGUUCGAAGAUUUGGAGAUGGAGGCAUUUUCAUUGGCAAUUUGAGGAAACCCAUCGAUGAGGUCAUUCCCAAGUUGGAGAAAAAGCUCUCUGAUGCAGCAGGACGAGAUGUCGUGGUCUGGUUCAUGGAAGAAAGAGCAAAUGACAUUAACAAACAAGCUUGUGUGGUGCAACCCAAAGCAGAAAUGGAUCUCCAAUUUGAGUCAACUAAGCUGAGUACUCCUUUGGGCUAUUUCAGUGCAAUUUUAUUAGCUGUUACUACCUUUGGAACAGUUGCUCUGAUGAGUGGCUUCUUCCUUAAACCUGAUGCCACAGUCGAUGACUAUCUGGCUAAUGUUGUGCCUCUAUUUGGUGGCUUCUUAUUUAUUCUGGGAGUUUCAGAGAUAACUACCAGGGUAACCGCAGCCCGUUAUGGUGUUAAGCUUAGCCCUUCCUUCCUGGUGCCAUCGAAUUGGACAGGCUGCUUGGGAGUGAUGAACAAUUAUGAAUCUCUCCUCCCAAACAAGAAAGCUCUUUUUGACAUUCCUGUAGCUCGUACUGCUAGUGCAUAUUUAACUUCACUACUGCUUGCUAUUGCUGCGUUUGUGGCUGAUGGAAGCUUUAAUGGGGGUGAUAAUGCAUUGUACAUACGGCCUCAAUUUUUCUAUAACAACCCUUUACUUUCUUUCAUCCAAUACGUUAUUGGACCUUACACAGACGAUCUUGGAAAUGUAUUACCUUAUGCCGUGGAAGGUGUUGGAGUUCCUGUUGAUCCGCUUGCAUUUGCUGGGCUUUUAGGGAUGGUGGUGACUUCUUUGAACUUGUUGCCAUGUGGGAGGCUAGAAGGAGGACGCAUUGCUCAAGCCAUGUUUGGCAGAAACACUGCUACUCUCUUAUCUUUUGCAACUUCACUGUUACUCGGUAUUGGUGGCCUCAGUGGUAGUGUUCUGUGCCUGGCAUGGGGAUUGUUUGCAACAUUUUUUCGGGGUGGAGAGGAAAUACCCGCCAAAGACGAGAUCACCCCUCUAGGGGAAAGCAGAUACGCUUGGGGCAUCAUCCUUGGCCUCAUCUGUUUCCUCACACUUUUCCCCAAUGGCGGAGGCACAUUCUCCUCUUCAUUCCUCAGUGGUCCAUUUUUCAGGGGUGACAUAUAAAUGUAAUAAUUGUAUGUAGGUAUACGAAAUUAUGUAGUGUGAUUUUCGUUUAACAUAUUCUCCACAAGAUAGAACUGUGUUUCUUUGUCAUGUAAUCAUAAUCAAGAAUUCAAGAUGGCUAAUUGUAAUUAUAGCUGCCAUUUAAACUUUGAAUUGCAAAUCACGAGCUCCCAAACAUCAUCUUCUUGUUA